UAAGCUUCUCAUCUGAUUUAGUGCUUCUAAGAACUCGUAAAACAUAAAAGCCAUGUCAUUGAAAUAUCAUCACAUCUUGGCCCUUUUGCUUUUGCUAGUUAACAUGAGCUUUCAAGGAAAUGCUGCUGGUGAGAAAAAUAAGUUAGCAGCUUCUUUCAUCUUUGGGGACUCGUUGGUAGAUGCAGGAAACAACAACUAUCUUUCAACUCUUUCCAAGGCAAACGUCCCCCCCAACGGAAUUGAUUUCAAGGCCUCUGGAGGAAACCCUACUGGCCGUUUCACCAAUGGAAGAACCAUUAGUGAUAUUGUUGGAGAGGAAUUGGGACAACCAAAUUAUGCUGUUCCAUAUUUGGCACCAAACACAACUGGGAAAGCCAUACUUAAUGGAGUCAAUUAUGCUUCAGGAGGAGGAGGGAUCCUGAAUGCAACAGGAAGCUUAUUUGUGAAUAGAAUCGGAAUGGAUAUUCAAAUAGAUUACUUCAACGUAACAAGAAAACAAAUUAACAAGUUGCUAGGUGGUGAAUCGGAGGCGAGAGAGUACAUAAUGAAGAAAUCCUUGUUCUCCAUCAUUGUUGGGUCCAAUGAUUUCUUGAACAAUUAUCUUCUUCCUUUUGUUUCCACUGGAGUGAGAGUUUCUCAAAACCCGGAUGCUUUCGUCGACGACAUGAUCAAUCAUUUCAGGAUCCAACUUUACAGGCUUUACCAACUGGAUGCUCGGAAGUUUGUGAUCAGCAACGUUGCCCCAAUAGGCUGCAUACCUUACCAGAGGAUUAUAAAUGAGCUGAAUGAUGAUGAUUGUGUGGAUUUGGCUAACGAUAUUGCAACCCAAUACAAUGCUCGAUUGAAGGAUUUGGUUGCUGAGCUAAAUGACAACCUCCCUGGAGCCACCUUCGUCCUGGCAAAUGUCUAUGAUUUAGUGUCCGAACUGAUUAUAAAUUAUCACAAAUAUGGAUUCACAACAGCAAGCAAGGGUUGCUGUGGAAUUGGAAGUGGGGGUCAGAUUGCAGGGAUAAUCCCUUGUGUACCUACAUCUAGCUUGUGCUCAGAUAGGGACAAGCAUGUGUUCUGGGACCAAUACCACCCAAGUGAAGCUGCCAACAUAAUACUUGCCAAGAAGCUUAUUGAUGGAGACAAGAGAUACAUAUCUCCGAUCAAUCUUAAACAACUAUGGGAUCUUUGAUCAUGGAUCUAUUUGCAUGCUUUAAUUUCUCCACACAAUUUCCUCUUUUUGUCAAUUAUAUGUCAAAGUGUCACUGUAGCUUCGAAAAGGUGUUCAUGCUCUUUUUUUUUUUUUUCAAUUGCAACAUAAUGUCAAUUUUAUAAAGCGUAGUUUGCUUCCUUAUGUAACGUAUGCAUGGUUUCAAGAUUUUGCUUAUUACCAGUUAAAGUUUGACAUUGGUCUUUGACUCUUAAUCUGCCUUGCUUAAAUAAAUUAAAUUACCCGUUACAAGUGAAAUUAAAUUAUUUCUUUUUUCUUGUGGGUU